CCGAUCUGCAAAAUAUCCACCAAUAUGCUCUUCAAGGUUGGAAUACCGACAGCACCCUCGAGGCUAGUGCUUAGGCACGCCACAAGGAGUAUCACCAAGGAGUCGGCCACCCAGUCCAACCAGGUGAUCUCCAACAAACAGCUUUUAUACACCACGGACCCGCUCACACCGGGGUCUAUCUUCUUCUUGCCUCAUGGCACCAGAAUCUUCAACAAGUUGGUCCAAUUUAUGAAGAACCAACAGAUCAAGUACGGGUUCCAGGAAGUGAUCACUCCGUUGAUCUACAAGAACAAGUUGUGGAAACAAUCAGGCCACUGGGAGAACUACAGCGAGGACAUGUUCAAGGUGAUGGGAAAUGUUUCGAAAGAAGACCAUGAAGUGCAAGAUGUGAGCAACGAGGCACACGAGCAUCAUCACGAGCAUGAGCACAAUGCGGAGGACGAGGAGUAUGGCCUCAAGCCUAUGAACUGCCCAGGCCACUGCUUGAUCUAUGCCAAAUUCGACCGUUCCUACAAUGAGUUACCCAUCCGUUACUCCGACUUCUCCUCAUUGCAUAGAAACGAAGCCAGCGGUGCGUUGUCUGGGCUCACUAGAGUGAGAAGAUUCCACCAGGAUGACGGACACAUCUUCUGCCAGUUGGAGCAAAUUGAGCAAGAAAUCUCUAACACCAUCAACUUGAUCAAAAACACUUAUGGAGUAUUUGGUAUUGAAACCAAAGAGAUUGAAUUUCACUUGUCCACUAGACCUGAAAAGUACAUUGGGGAUGCUAAAACUUGGGACAAUGCCGAAGAGCAGUUGACUCAAGUGUUGAACAAAACAACCGGAGAGAACUCAUGGAAAAUCAGGGAGGGCGAUGGUGCCUUCUACGGUCCAAAAAUCGACGUAUUAUUGACAGAUGCUUUUGAAAAAAAGCACCAAGUAGGAACUAUCCAGUUGGACUUCCAGCUCCCCACCAGAUUCAAUUUGAAGUAUGUUGGUGAAGAAGGAAACCGUGAUCAUCAGCCAAUUUUGGUGCACAGAGCAGUUUUCGGAUCUUUAGAGAGAUUUUUUGCCAUCCUCUUGGACCACUACCAAGGUAAGUGGCCAUUCUGGCUCAAUCCUAGACAAGCAAUCAUCAUUCCUGUGAAUGAAAAGCACGUUGGAAACGCAGAGGCUUUACAAAAGGAGUUGAGUGGGGAUAUUCUCAAUCACGAUGAAGUUAUUUCCCCCAUGACUGGGUACAACUUUUACGUUGACAUCGACAAAAGAAACGAAACAGUAGGCAACAGAAUCAAGGAGGCUAUUCAAAAGGGAUAUUCAUAUAUCUUGAUGUUGGGUGACAAGGACAUCGAGCUGGGCACAGUUGCCAUUAGAAGUCGGGACAAUAGAAAGGUCAGCAACUUGACAAGUCAAGAAGUUUACAAGAUGUUUAUUGACUUGGAAAAGCAUUACAAAUAGACUACAGAGAUCAAGGCAAUUUGCAAUCGUCGAUAAAAUGGAAUUGUAUAAAUUAGGGCGUACUUGUACAUAGAAUAUCAAUGCUCAAACUUAUUCAUUCCAUUUUCCAUUUCCUUCUUAAGCAUCAAUAAACUACUAUCUGUAGAAUGUUACAUUGCGUCUGUUGUGUAGGAACGAAGCCGGUGCCGAUUAUUAGUAUGACA